UAAUUAUUUUGGAGAACACUCGAAUGGAGAAGUGAGAGGAAACGAAAGUGAACGAAACGAAGAAGCUUUAUACUAUCUGCACUCGGUGGAAAUUGAUUUCUUGCACAGAUUAUUAAUUUAACGAGUUGUUAAUGAGCGUUGACUGUAUAGAACAACUGUAAUUUCCAUCGACAUCAUUUUCGUAUCAGAAUAUUAAUUAACUUGCAUUUAGGCUUUUAUCGCCUUAUCUUUUGUGGGUAUUGCUUAUCUGCGAGUAUGUAUUUAGUUGAUAACGAUUUAAAAAUGUUCAUCGGUUAGCUUAGGUUACAUGCUAUCGAAAAACAAAAGAGAAAUUUAAAUGAUUUUAACACCGACAGUGUCGCGUAUUCGUGACUACGUGAAACUUUCUACGCCAGUAUCCCUAGUUUAUUUGCAUUCAAUGUAUCGCCUAGUAAUUUCAAUUUGCGAACUAAUGACUUUGUGACAUACAUAUUGAGCGGUUUCUUUUUAAUAUAAAAAAAUUCCAUAAAACAUUCAGCCGUAAAAGCACGAAGUCUAUUCAAACCGUAAGAACAGCGGUUUCUCGAAUGUCGCAUAGAAUAGGAAAAUCGUUUCCGGGUUGGCUAUUGCAUAGAGUUCGAUUUAGUCGGUGACGUUGAAUCAUUGACAAACUAUUCGAGUUGGCUGACGAAUGCGAGCGAGCGCGCGUGUUUAAAAACGGAAAGCGAAGAGCAUUUCUUUUUUAAUGAAGGAGGAGCGGCUUCCGUAGGAGCGCGAAACGUUCUCAAUGAAAACGAUUUCGUAGGAAAUUACCAGCAACUUCGUGGCCACUUGAAACGCGAUUUAAUCGAUGCAAUUAAUCAGCUUGCUGGUAAUUUCCUUUGUAAUUAGAGACCUGCUAUCGCUGUUAUUUGUAAAAUGAAUCGAUAUUACACCUGGCAAAUUUUCAUAUUCAACAUUCAUGGCGGACCUGUAGAAAAUAUUGCAAUUCAUGUUUGACGCGCAAAGAUACACGCUGCGAGUAAUCUAAAAAUAAACUUUCAUUUUUAUAACACGUAGAAACUGAUGUUCUGAUGUAGAGACUGAUUUUGUAAGAUUCGUGCGUAGAUCUUUAGCGAUCUACUCGUUUAUAAUACAUUAUUGUUAAAUAUUUCGAAGUUGUAAAAUUUGCAAGUUUUAUGUUACCAUAAUUGUAAACUCGCAGAGUCUAAAAAUUCCGAAAUUGCAGUUCAAAAGUUUAUACGUUCUCAAAGCUACAAAAUUCAGAAUUGUUAAAGCCUCGAAGUUUGAAGAAUCCAAAAGCACCCGACAUCUGCAUUUAGCGCAACAUGCUUUGCCACGCCGAAUUUCAUAUUCAUCCAGUUAACUUUUCGCCGAGAGAAUAAACGGCUCGGUAUUUGCGACACGAGGGCAUCUGAAAGGCUUUCGGGUCAAAGCGAUUCGCAUAUAUCGGACGGAUAUUUCAGAAGCAUGCUGUUCUAAAUAAAGACACGCGACACGACCGUGAGGUUUCCUCGUUUUGAGCGGAAAGGUUAAGGGAAGCGAUGCUGAAAAUCGCGGCCGUUUAUCCGCCACUGUAUUUCGGUUGAGGUCAAAGUUGCGGAAUGGGUGAAAAAAGGAAGAAGGGUUGGUCAUCGGGGCGAGGCUAUCUUUAGCUCUGUUCUUUGCUUCACAAUAGCCGGCGAGUUUAGCUGGGACUGGCGUGGUUCGAUAGCCAAGCACGAGUCAGUGGUCACGCAUCAGGAACCUGCUUGAUCGUCGAGAUGUAGAUGACAUAGGAUGAUAGAAAAUGGCUGCUAUUUUUGGCCCUGGCUAGAAAAGAGAAAUUCUUACAACACAUUAGCAACAUACAGUUCCAACUUGUUCGUGUUAUUCAAGCGCCACUAUGACAAAUACGUCGCCCUGGCCGCCAAGUACGAGGAAGCAAAGGGUGUCGCAUACUACCUGGAAGAACGUUAUCACGAGGUUAAGGCCGAGAGAGACAAAUUGGAGGAAGCUCGGCGGAACCUGGAGAAACGAUUGGAAGGAUGCGAGGCAGAGCUCCGUGGCAAGGAAGACGAAUUGUUUCUUCAGCUAGAGCGAAGCCUUCGCCUGGAAGAAGAAGUGGAAAGGGCGAAGAACGAACGGGACAGCUGCAUAGCUGCCCGUGAUCGUUUGGACAGGCAACGAGAGGUGGCUUUGCGACGUCUGCAAAUGCAACUGGCGCAAAACGAGAUUACAAGGCAAACGCUUGAACGAGCACGGCAGGAUGUCGUCAGGCAGGCUACUGUUAUACGUGCCGAACGCGAUGCUCUUGAGAAAGAGAACGAAGUUCUGAAGGAGAAACUUCGCGUGGAACAAGGAGAAUUGGGAGAAGAAAGACGUAGACGCGAAGAAGGCGUAGCAGCAUUGACUCGAGAAACCAUUACGUUGAGACACGCUGCGAGACAUCUUCGUGCGGCGACUCUUCACGCCACAGCUUGCCGCCGUCGUCGACGGUGUUCCGUUUGUCUCUAUGCGAGACGUACUUUUGCCGAGAUCGAUGACUAUCGCGACGACGGAAAUCUUUUCAAGUGCCUUCAAGCGCCGCUGCAGGACCUACGCACGUGGUUACGCCCAAGCGCAACGUCGACAACACCAACAUCGCGUGGACAAAGAACCAAUUCACCGUUGGCCGAUCGAGAAAUAAGUUUCAUCGACGAUUCCAGCGUCGAUAGCAGCGCUGGUGGAAGUAACGUGAGCAACAGUAGCACCAGCAGCAACAGUGCUUCGGACGAUGAGGCAUAUCCAAGCACUCCGGUGGCUGAAAUCUCGCUUUCUUCGGCCAAUUCAAGCGCUCCACCAACAGCUAGAGCCUUCUCUUCAGAUUCAGGGUUUUCGUCAGAGAUCGGAGAUCGAAGAUCACGAUGCUAUGAAAAUGGGGGUAGUAGCACCAGUAGCAGCAGCGGAAAGAGCAGAAAAAUCAGCGAGUCGCUAAGCUGCAGCGAGCCAGACGAACAAAGCACGGGAGGAUUCAGUCGGUCAAGAUGGACCUCGUCGUUUCGCAAGUUGCUUGGUCGAAAACCGAAGACCAAAUCAACACCGGACCGUACCUCGCGAAGAAACGAAGACUGAGAAGUAAAAGAGCAUAAUAUCAAGGAGAGGCAUCGUGCACGAAACACGUAGUGCGAAAUCACCGUGAAAAUUAGUGCUCCCGCCCUUUUUCGGCUGCAUAGAUGAUCUAUCGAAAUCCUUUGCUCGGUCGAUAAAACAUUCCAAAGGAAUUCCUUCAGAGAUAGAAAUCAAUUCGAUACACGUUAUAACUGCCAAUACGUUGAUAGAAGAAUUUUCUCCUAUUUAAUAACAUCGAAUUUAAAAAACGCGUUAUGAACCGUGAGUUUUAAAACUAUAAAGAGAAAGAUUGAACCUCAGAAAUCUAUUUGUAGUUCAUUUUACCCGUGUUUCGUAGCUAUUGAUCCCUGAUUUUUCGAUCGUCAAGAUUCGUAAUACUAUAUAAAUAGGAAUUGAAGUUUACACGUUUACUACGAACGAUCGAUCGAGUUACAAUUAGUUUUUAAAAAAAGCGUAUUAAUAAAUAUUGGGAGUUGAAUGGUAAAUCUUUAAACGACUUGUUUCCAAUUGGAUAAGAAAACCACCGUUAUCGUUUACGACGUGUUUCUGUUGUCAUUUAUACUGUUGUUGUUAGGAUGAGUAUUGUCUUAUUCAGAGCCGACGCGAGAAUAAUUCAGAGAAAAGUUUAUCGUAAAUAUUGCAAGUGUCUGUAUUGUAACAUAUCUGUAUGGGUAUCAAACUUGGAGUGUUCUAAGUCUGAGAUGUUCGAGCUUGAAAUGUUCCGUGUUUUAAUAUUUAAGUGUUUCCAAUAUGAAACACUCGUGUAAGUACGUUUCUUUGAUUCCACAAAUUUUCCCGCCGGCUCUGGUCUUAUUAGUAGGGAUGCGUGCGUAGUGUAAUAUGUCGAGCACUCGAGGUUCGGAUUGAUUUCGAAAAAUAUUGUCCGGAAUCGAUUUUCGACUAUAGGAUCCCAAAACUUACUAAAGAUACUUUUGAAUUUCUCGACCAAUUCUAUUCGAGCUUUGUGGCCCGAUCCGAACCAUGAAUCUCGUAUACUCGUACAUCCCUGCUUAUUAGCCAAAGAACGUAGUGCUCUGUAUAUAGAUGCAAACACUUCAAUCGAUCGAUCGCUGUUUAUUGACUUAUUAGAUAGAUCGUAGGAUUACAAAUGUUGAAAACUACGACCCAUUUUAGUGCCCAUUGAAAUUUUGAACGUUAUUUGUAGCGACACAUCGUUCGUAAUGUUAAAAUUGUAUCUUCUGUUUUAUGUGUAUACUGCAGUAUACACAUACGUCGAAAUUAAAUAGACAACGUUAACUCGAAUAACGAGUUUCUCUUAAAAGUUAUCGUGUAACGUAUACGUAAUUGAAAGAAGAACGGAAACGAUUUAAUUUAAUCACAUUAGAACUGGAGUAUAUAAACGAAGAUAAUGAUUUAUUUCACUUGUAAUGAACUCUUGAAUACGUCUGUUUAUAAAGAUGAUAUCAUUGAAGGUUGAUUCAUCAGAAACUUGAUAACUUUCGUUCAAGAUAACAAUAAUUUUAUAUUAUUCAUAGAAAUUUUAUUUUAUGAUCGUUUUAGUUACUAGAUAAAUACACUUUCGAUCAUUAUUUUUGCUGGGUUCCUUUAUCAAUUAUCCUCGUAAAAGUUAUCAUGAAUCUUGUAUAUAUUUUUUAUAUUCUAUUUAUGAUUUACGAUUAUUAGUUUUUACGAAUGUACAAGACAAAUUUUGAAGACGACUACCUGAAUACGUAUGUGUUAAGUUAAUGCACAAAUCAUGGAACUUCUUGAUAAGCGAAGCAUGAGAUAUAAAAAUGUUGGACAAUUUGCAUCUCGUUCAUUGAAGUUAAUAUCGAAAUUUACCAUAGAAGUUCUUGAAAUUUUUGCAUUAAUCGACCAACUAAAUGAUUUGGAUCGCGUUUCAAUUGUAAUGAACAACAAACGACGUUGUUAAUCAAAUUUGUUAACCAAAAACAAAAGAAACGGCCAUACAUUAAAUAAACUGAACCGAAUUUGAAUAGAAAAUGAUA